AUGUUCAACUCAAAGGUCGCCGGUGUUCAGAUCCUGGGCAAGGUCGUUGGUAGCCAGGCCGAGAUCCUCACCCCCGAGGCAGUCUCGUUCGUGGCCAAGCUCCACCGCCUCUUCAACUCCACCCGCAAGCAGCUUCUGCAGGCGCGCGAGGAGCGCUACCGCCAGCUGCAGGCGGGCAAGUCGCUGGACUUUUUGCCCGAGACUGCCUGGAUCCGCGACGACAAGACGUGGCGCGCUGCCCGCCCCGCCCCCGGCCUCGUUGACCGCCGCGUCGAGAUCACCGGUCCCGUCGACCGCAAGAUGGUCAUCAACGCCCUGAACUCGGGCGCUGCCACCUUCAUGGCUGACUUUGAGGACUCGUGCUCGCCCACCUGGUUCAACCUGAUUGACGGCCAGGUCAACAUGCGCGACGCCGUGCGCCGCACCAUUGCGUUCAAGAACGCCAACGGCAAGGAGUACAAGCUCCGUGAGGAUGGCAAGAUCGCGACCCUCAUCGUCCGCCCCCGCGGCUGGCACAUGGAGGAGGCCCACGUCCUCGUCGACGGCGAGCGCUGCUCGGCCUCGAUCUUCGAUUUCGCGCUGUACUUCUUCCACAACGCCCAGGCCACCCUGGCCGCCGGCUUCGGCCCGUACUUCUACCUGCCCAAGAUGGAGCACCACCUUGAGGCCCGCCUGUGGAACGACAUCUUCAACGUCGCCCAGGACGAGCUCCGCAUCCCGCGCGGCACCAUCCGCGGCACCGUUCUCAUCGAGACCAUCGCCGCCGCCUUCCAGAUGGACGAGAUCAUCUACGAGCUGCGCGACCACUCGUCUGGCCUCAACUGCGGCCGCUGGGACUACAUCUUCUCGGUCAUCAAGAAGUUCCGCCACGACCCGCGCUUCACCCUGCCCGACCGCUCGGCCGUCACCAUGACCUCGCCCUUCAUGAGCGCGUACGUGCGCCUGCUGAUCAAGACCUGCCACCUGCGCGGUGUCCACGCCAUGGGCGGCAUGGCUGCCCAGAUCCCCAUCAAGGGCGACAAGGCUGCCAACGAUGCUGCCAUCGAGAAGGUGCGUGCCGAUAAGCGCCGCGAGGUGCUCGCUGGCCACGACGGUACCUGGGUCGCCCACCCCGCCCUGGUCACCAUCGCCCUGGAGCAGUUCAACAAGCACAUGCCGUCGCCCAACCAGUUCCACGUGCGCCGCGAGGACGUUGUUGUGACCGCCGCCGACCUGCUCAACACCCACAUCGAGGGCGGCAAGAUCACCGAGGCUGGUCUGCGCGACAACAUCGCCGUCGGCCUCAUGUACAUGGCCGCCUGGCUCAACGCCAACGGCUGCGUGCCCAUCCACAACCUGAUGGAGGACGCUGCCACCGCCGAGAUCUCCCGCUCGCAGCUCUACCAGUGGGUCCGCCACGGUGCCCGCACCGCCGACGGCUCGGUCAUCACCCCUGCCUACGCUGCCAAGAUCCUCGCUGAGGAGACCGCCAAGCUCGACCGCAAGGCCUACCCCAAGGCCGACCUGGCUGCCAAGUUCCUUGGCUCGCAGAUGAAGGGCGAUCGCUACGACGACUUCCUCACCACCCUGUGCUACGACUCGAUCCUCGAGACCACCAGCAGCCCCAAGCUCUAA